AUGACCUCUUUCUCUUCGCUCCCAGAAGAGGUCCUCGCCCUUGUUGCCUUCUUCGUGCUGCCGGCUGAUCUCGAAUCUUUUGCAUCAACGUCGAGGAGGCUAUACAGGAUAACGAGCCCUUUACUACCACAUCAUCGUAAGCUCAUUCGUCGUCAUAAAAGAUACGGUGACGGAGGUCGCUGGUUACUUGUCCCGUACAUGGUGGUCAAGGCACUGAACAAUCCACAUAUCGGGCAUUAUAUUCGCAGUCUGGACCUCGACAAAGUUACUUUUGGCCGACGGGACCGAAUCUUCAAUGAAGAAAGUGUCGAACGAUGUCAUUCUGCGUUGCUUGCAAACCCAUGGGUCGCUUCCCAUUACAAAACAAGAGAAUAUUUGACCCGUCUCCAGAAUCAUCCUACGAGUUUCGAAAAUGUUUGGUUUCCUUUACUUGCUCCCCAUCUUCUGAAUCUAAAUCGUGUGUCUCUCAAUUUUGAGACGCGGCGCUUCCCAACCUUUGAAAAAAUGCUAGAGAUAGGAACAACACAAGUUAUGACUCCUUUUCCACGCCUCAAACAUGUUAGACUGAGGGUCAGAAAUCCCGACUGGGAUGGAGACUAUUGGACCAUUGAGCUCCAAAGCGUGGGCGACAUCUAUUCAAAUGAGGCUUUCGACCUAACAGCCACGGAACCCCUCAUCUAUGAUCUGUGGACAGACGUGCGGUCCAUAGCGCCCAAACAUGGGACUGGGCGGCGCUGGUCAAUUGGGAAACUUCAUUAUACAGACGAUUGCGCUCGUGGGGCGAAGGGAUUCAAUCGCUUACCAUUUCUAGAUCGCAUCAAAGAUGUCCGCGAAUGUGUCUACGAUUCGGGAGAAGAGGACCUCUGCAAGAGUCGCUUACAGGACAUUCUUGGCCCGCCUACUAGAGUCACUCUGCAGACUCUCUCCCUACGAGGUCGCUUUCAGUCGUUCGUCACACACUUCUUGCACUCUUUCAGGAACCUGAAAAUUCUCCACCUAGACUUCACAAAGGGAGAAAUAUCGCUGAUCACGCUAGGUAGGAUAGUUGGCGAGCUACUGCCGGCUUCAAUUCAGAGCGUAUCACUGAAAAACUUCCCUGGGAGGGAAGCCAACGAUCAGCAGUCGAUACUUCUAGAUAAGUCUCUGAGAUUAGCGCAGAAAGCUAUCAAGGAGAAGACUCGCCGACUUCAUAAUUAUGAGGCUUUGGAAAUUUGCAUCCCCGCGCAAUUGAACCCUUUUACCGAACGCAUCAGAGUUGCAAUCAUGAAGGCAAGAGGUAAGGAGCAAAGGUCAGGCCAAAGCAUCACUUUGCGGUGGUACAACCCUAAUGAAGAAAUCAAUCGGCAGAUAUUCUGCUCGAGGUACCAUAUUACUCCGGCGAUGACAGACUAUAUAGCACAGUCUCAGCCAUACGGCCAGCGAGCCAAGUGUUUCACUGUCUAUGACCGAUACGAAUUUACGAUUCGAUGA